AUGCUUCUACUAUAUUGCCGGCGUUUUAUCUGUGCUGCUGCAUUUUUGCUGCUGCUGCUGCUGCUGCUGCUGCCUUUCUGCUGCUGCUGGCGGGCAACGGGGGCUCUGCCGCUCGCUGCGUGUCUGCUGCUGCUGCUGCAGCAGCUGCUGCAGCAGCUGCUGCAGCUGCUGCUGCAGCUGCUGCUGCUUAUCUCCCGUACCUUUCGCGUCAUGCAAGCAAGUAGAAAAUCCAGUUCACUAAUUAACCAAUUCAUUAUUUAUUUAUAUAUUUAUUUAUUUAUUUAUUAUUAUUUAUUUGCUGCCGCUGCUGCUGCUGCUGCUGCUGCUGCUGCUGCUGCUGCUGCUGCUGCUGCUGCUGCUGCUGCUGCUGCUGAUGAACAGGAGGAGCUGGCGCUGGCGACUCGGGCCUUUCUUUCGUCUUCUUCGAAUUUUUGCAUUUUUGAAAAAACUGUUUUCCUCAGCAGCAUCUUCAAGUGGUUCGAAGGAGACUUUGGCAGCAGCAAAAAGGAGGUUCUGACCUUUUUGCUGCCAUAUCUGGAGGCUUCUCAAAGCGAGCUGCUGCAGCAGCUGCUGGAAGAAGAGGAGCCUGCUGCCCACCCCGCAGCAGCAAGCAGCAGCAGCAGCAGCAGCAGCAGCAGCAGCAGCAGCAGCAGUGGCAGCAGCGUGACAGAAGUGCUUAUGGGAGGCUUCAGGCGGCUGUUUGGGGGUGUGAGGGUUUCUUAUUUGCCUUAUAAUUGGCAAAUGAGGUUUACGACUCACAAACCCUACGACCCUCACCAGCACAUCCUGCAAACCCUAGUUUAG